UGCAUUAUAAACCACCGUUAGCGGAUUAUUGUAUAAUGGUAUAUUCGUAACAACUUUAAAUGCCAAAAAAAAUGAAUACAAAUGACAGUGAAGAGUACAUGCUAAUGCAAAACUUUGACAUUUUGAAGACUCAUCUCAAAAUUGAUUGUGCAAGAUUCCUAGGGAAUGUUUUAAAACAGUGCCAUCCUGAUUUCGAGACUUUUAAAGAGAGUGCUACAUUUAGAUCACUUAAUAAAAACUGCCAGGAAGAGAUAUCGAAUAAAAAUAAUUUUGUUUUACGCAUACCUGUGUUAUGUGAAGUUUUGCUAAAAGGAAACCCUUGGCCAGAACACGUACUUGAAAACUCCAAAUUCAGAGCCAUUGAGAUGCAGACUUUUAAAGACGAUAUUGUUUCAUUAAAUCAAAUCUGGAAAACGCACAUAACCGAAAACCACCAUGAAAAGAUAACUUUAAAUAAUAAGCAACAGUUGUGUGAAGAAUUGUCGGAAAUAGGAAUUAGAAUGGCUGAAAGAUUUCCGCACAUUGGACAAACGUACUUAAUGAGUACACAGCAACUUCGACUUAAAGAAUUUGAAAGAGAUGUUUCGACAGCUCAAAUAGGAAAUAAAAAUACAAUGAGUAUAUCAGUUGAAACACAAAUGGAUAAACCUGUUUUCAUUGAACAAAUUGGAAAUAAAAACAAAAUGAUAAUUCAGGUAGAAGAUCGCCGUCAAACGAAACAAUUAGAGCUGCAAUCAACUGGAGAAGUGAGUCUUAGAAUGGUGUUGAGAUCCAAUGAUACUCAAGAGUGGAAAACAAUCACAGAAAAUGCAACACGAAUUGACAUUCAUAAUCUCAAUUCUAAUCCUGUGCUGAAACAAAACCACAUUGUAGUUGACAGUUUUGAAAAAGGUUGUCUGAUUGUUAAUUUUAAAACCGCCCCUGGAUAUCCAAUCAAGAACUGUCUAAAGAUACUAUUCAAUGAAUUGUUUCAAGAUCUGGAGGUCGAGGCUACAUUGCAGAACUACAACGUCAGAGUUGUACAAGUCAACGGAUAUAUUUACUAUCCUGAAAAAUUCCAAAAUGGCAAAACAUGCAAAGACCCAAUUAUCAUUAGACAUACUUCAUGGAGAAACACUUCAACGCUGUUUGAUAUAGAUAUAUACCUUACUAAUCUGAUGAAAACCCUUAUUCAGAACAAAUUUUCAACCGAUGUCAACGAACAAAUUGAGGUUCAAAUCAAAUGGGAUCUGGAUUUGAGCAUGUCUUCAUACCUAAAGCAAUUCAGCUUUGAUACAAAUGAAUUUGUAUGUAAAAACAUGAAAACAUCACAACUUGAAAUACAAAAUGUGACUGAAUAUGAAAACGCAAUACAUUUAACAUUCAAAUGUACAAGACGAUUUCCCUAUCAAAACUUCGUUGAGGAAAGAGGAUCAGUGUAUAGCAUAACAAAGAUGCUUUUUAGCAGUAUGUCAACGUCGCUGUUGCGAUUAUCCGUUUUUCUAGAUACAAGUUUACUUAAUGACUCAGGAUUUGGCCAAGGUCUGGUGUUUUACAUCAAUCCAUCGUCAAAAGUUUCGGAGGCUUUGAGGAGAGGAACAUUCACAAAAAUCAUUACAGCAAUGUUAGGAGGUGAAGACACAUCUGUAUUAAGAAACGUUGACAAUUUGAAGAUAAAAGCUAUCCUUGAAUACCGCGACGCAUCAAAAAUUGAAGUUUCUUCAUCCGAACAAGAGGAACAUAUAGUGAAUAAAGUAUUUGAUGAUCAUGAUUUGACAUUAGAACCCGUGAAGCAGAAAUCAAUCGUCGACCCUUUGUUUCAAGCCUGGGAAAUAGGAAAUCCAAACUUAGUGCUUGGGUUUCUUGAAGAAGGUGGGAAUCCUAACGUACGGAAUGAAAAGCUUCAAACUCCUUUGCAUUUGGCAUCUGACAGAAAUUUGCUCCGUAUUGUUGAAAAGCUACUUCUUUGUGGUGCUGAGAUAGAUGUCGUAGAUAAAAAUUUUGAUACACCACUUAUUUUAGCCUCUCGUAAUGGACAUUGGAAAAUAAUAGAAUCUCUCUUACAUAAAGGAAGCAAUUCUGAAAUCAGAGAUCGAAAUAAUUGUUCGCCUCUUUUCUUAACAGUGAAGAAUAAACACGGUUCUGCUUUGAAAAGUUUAUUGAAAUUUGGUGCUUUAGUAAAUUCUACUGGAAACAAUCAAGAAACUCCUUUACAUGUUGCAAGCAAGAAUGGAUCUUUAGAAAUAGUUAAUAACUUACUGAUAUACGGAGCCGAUGUACAUUGCAUCGAUAACGAUGGCAACACACCCCUGCAUGCAGCAUUGCUAAGUUUAACAGAUAAUUAUCAGCGUGGCGAAAUCGUGCAAAAAUUGUUAAACAGAGGAUCUCUUGUCAAUAUAGGGAACAAAACCAUGAAAACACCUGUAUGCAUUUCGUCUGAAAAUGGUUUCAAAGAUGUUACUGAAAUACUGGUGAAAGCCUCAGCAGAUAUUAACCUUUCCGAUUAUGAAAAUGAUUUACCUAUUCAUUUAGCGACCAGAAACGGCCACGCAGAUAUUGUUGAAAUAAUUUUAAAAUGUUCAAAUACUAGUAACAUCGAUAGAUGUAAUUCUAAAAAUGUGACUCCAAGAAUGCUAGCAAAAUUACAUGAGGAUAUAUUAAAGAUGUUUGAGGAAUUUGAAACAAAAGAAUUUCAAAGUAACCCUGCUAUGGAAUUUGCAAGAAAAGGCAUGAUGAGAGACCUUUUACCUUACAUCAAGCAAAAUACAAACUUGGACACCAAAGACCACCAAGGAAGAUCACUUUUACAUGUUGCAUCUUGUAAUGGACAUGUUGAUAUUGUAAGAUCUCUGGUCAAUUCAAAGGCGGAUGUAAACGCCGUUGAUUUCCUCUCAAAAUCUCCAUUAAGCAUUGCUGCAGAGAAUAAGUAUUAUUCAGUAGUGGAAUGUUUGAUUAACGCAGGGGCAGAUGCUAACAUAGUUGAUAGUUUUGGAAGAACGGCACUUCAUUAUGCUGUAAAAUCAGGUAAUAACGAAAUAUUAAGAAUAUUUCUGCAACGUCGACAUUGUGUUUACACAGAGGAUAUUGACGGAAAAACACCUCUCCAUUUCUGCGGAAUCUAUGGAAAUAAAAGUAUUGUGAAGGAUGUACUAGCUGUCAUAAUUAGCAUUGAUGUUAAUCAGUGCGAUCUUCAAAGGAUAUCACCUUUGCAUGAAGCAAUAAACAAUCAACAGCUUGAUGUAGCAGAAUUUCUUUUAACGCAUGGGGCCAAUGCUAAUUUUCCGAAUUCAAGUGGGAAAACACCCUUACACGUGGCUGCAGAAAUAGGCAGCCAUGCGGCUGCAGAUAUUUUGUUACGAUGUAAUGGACACGUUAACAAACGCGAUUAUUUACUUCAAACACCAGUUUUUCUUGCUGCUAGAUCGGGAAGAAGUGUCCUUUUGACCUUAAUAAAAAACGGAGCAGAUAUAAACUUGCCGGAUCAAAAAGGUCGAACCCCCUUGCAUGUCUCCCUAGAAAAUGGACACCUUUUUGUUAUGAAAAUUCUGAUGGAAUACAAUGCUGAGGUCAAUUUAAUGGAUAAAGAUGGAAAAACCCCAUUACAUUUGGCUUCAAACAUGGGCAAUUACGAAGCAUCUUCAAUUUUGCUAAAAGCAAAUGCCAAAGUAAAUGCUGUGGAUGGCAAUUGUUUUACACCCCUUCAUUAUUGUACAAAGAGUGUUGUAUUGAAAUUGUUAAUACAAAACGGUGCUUCUGUUAACUCAAAAGAUGUGAAUGGAAAUACUCCUUUACAUUCUGCUGUUGAAUUUUUCUGCAAGUCGGACUUGGCUACAAACACAGCAAGUGAAUAUCUCACUAUCGUUAAUGAUCUUUUGUCAAAUGAUGCAGAUAUUUCUCUAAGUAAUAACAAAAUGGAAACUGUCAUUCAUAAGGUUGUACGUGCUUCCAACUAUCAUUUAUUGAUAGAAUUAUUAAUUUUCUAUUUUAAUCCAGCCAAACAAAAAACGUUGACUGUGAUAGUGAACGAUUGUUUAAAACAAAGUAAAAACGCGUUUGUCAAUGAUGUCCUGAAGCGAUGGGUUUCCAUUCAACAAGCAACACAAAAUAGAGAACAAUUCGAAAGUAUGUACGCAGAGGAGAAAGAACUUUGUCCUUUUCAUCUCUUACAUCAGCACAAAGAGUGGCUUCAACAACAUGAUUACAAAAAAAGAGUCACUGCUCUUCAAAGAAUAUUGUCUGUAGAAACAGAUUUGAGUGGAAAGGAAAAAAGAAAAAGAAAGGUCUCCAUAGAGGAUUCAACUCGUGGUGAACGGUUGGAAAAAAUAUCGAAGGAAGAAGAUAAAAUGUAAUGGAGAAAGAUCACUGAAACGCAUCUGUACAAACAUUUAGCAGUUCACCACCAAAGUUACUGACUCAUAAAGGAAAAUUAGAGGUUCUUUAGGGAAAAUUUUUCAUCCAACUGAAUGAAACCUCUGUAGGUUGGCAUUUAAAACGUGAAAAGAAUAUACGAAAGAUAAUUAAAAUUUGAUUAAAUAAAAAUGUUGACAACUUUUAAUAAAGUUCAUAGGUUUUAAUAAUCAAACAUGUUCAUAUGACUCGUAAUCACCCUAUAUUCAUCAUGUGGUGGAAACUCGUAACCAGUGUCAAAAUGAAGAAAAUGGAAUCCUUAUAAGCAGGGAACAUUGUAUGUUUUACCUUAGGAAGUAACAAAAAGUCGUAUAGAAACAUUGAAUACGUUUAUGAAACACUGUGUGAGUUUGGAUUUUAAUAAAAUUCCUGUUGAAAAAGAAAAACAGUGGAAUUUAUAAAAAUGUUUUGAAGACAGUGACCUACAUUUUGAUGACUAUGUGAUAAGUCAGGUUCAAGAAGCUGAAUAUUAAGGAAUGCUAACAUUGCGUGUGUUGUUCGUUCAUUACAGAGAGAUAUGGACAUCAGGGCUAGUUGAAUUUAUACAGCUUACAUUAACGGAAGGACAGAUAUCAUGCUUAAAAUUAGGAAAUCGUUGUACAAAAAGAAAUUCUUUUGAAAUAUCAAACAUAAGCAAGGUGUAAAAUAUUUGAUAAAAAAGGAAAGUAUUGCAUAUGAACUCGCAUUAUUGACAAUUUAUCUGCCAUAGGAUGGGACAUUAUGCGAACAUUUAUUUAGGACUCAGUGAUGACUUUUAUAUAGGUAUAAGAACGAUACCAUUAUGUUUAAGGUUUUUAUCAACAUUUCUUAUGAAUGAUUAAGUUAACGAAUUUUGCUUAUACAUAUUUCAUGCUGUACUGAGUCAUCUGCUGAGCACAUAAUUACAGCCACUUCCAAGGUAAACAAAACAUUGGCUCUCAUUCAAAAUCUGCUUCAGAAUUUUAUAAGAUCAAUACUAUUUGGAGUAUUGUUGUUUGUGUUUGUAAAAAUAAAUGUGAAUGUCAUUUGAUAACUGCUUUCAAUUGGUAGCUAUUUUUCUACCAAGCACGUAACCCUAACACAAAUCUCUAUCUUGUUUUAUAGAUAUAUCAUUGUAACUAGAUACAGAGUGGUGUCUUUAUUCGUCUAAGGAGGAAAAAAAGAGAGAUAGGGAAAAUUUUAAUUCGUUUGAAUGUAGGAAAACAUACCUUUAGCUUAUACAUUUAAUUUCGUCAAUUUUGUUGGUAGUAUAAAUCAACAAAAUUAAAUCAAUGAAUGCAUAAAGAUUACGAUAUGACGGAUGCCAAAAAAAUCUUAUGUUCUUAUGUUGUUAUUAAUAUCAUAUUUAUCACACUAGCCUUACAAAAUAUGCCAAUACAAUACACAAUGAAUUAUAUAGCUUAUCCGGUUGUUCAAUUAAUUCCAAUUUUAAAAUGAUUUCAUACUGAUUCACACUGAUUAAUAGUAUGAGAUAUUUAUUAAAUUUAUAUGUAAAGGUGUUUGGUCUCCAUUUUCAGUUUUUCGUAAGUAAAUACGUACAAUACUUGUACUUAAAACGAGAUUCGAAUCUUUGUUCGUCAAAUUUUUAAUGAAAAAGGUGUUGUUUAUUUGUGUGUAAUUCUUUGCCAGCUUUUAAUUAGGUGAGCUUUGUUUAUGGUUAAAACAACGGAAUCAAUUUGAUUUGAUUUGACGUUUUACUCUACAUAAAUUGGGAUUGGGCGCAAUUUCCAUAACUUAAACCGCACUCUUCCAAUACAAAUAUAUUAUACAAGAGAAAUGUAUGUGUAUAUCUGCAGCAACUAUCAACAUGCCGUCAUGCAAGUUUGACUUUAUCUCCGAUAUAUCAUAAAAGCUAUUCAAUCCUAUAGAUAUAAAAUAAAUAUAAUUUAUAAAGAGUGAAUUUUUCCUUAAAACCCAGAGAAAAUAUGGCCGCAUAAAUUUUAAUGUUUCAUCCGAUUUUAUUAAAGACCAUGAAAAUCUAAGCUUCUCCAUAUUCACAUCUCAAUCAAUGGUUGCUUAAUGUAGCUUUCAGACAUAUACACCUGACAGUUUAUGAAAGUCCUUUAAUAUGCAACUGUAAAUAUGCUAUUAUGAGUUUGUUUCUCUUUUAUCUCCUGACAUUUGUCCUCUUGUGCACAUGCAUUAAGUUUAUUGUAAUUUGUGUACAAUUAUAUUUACAUAUAUAUGAAAUAAAGUAUG